CAGGAAGACGGCGGCAGCCACACUCAAGUUAACUCAUGACACAUCCCUCACGCAUCGUUCCUUCGUUUAAAUCUCCUCAUCGAACAGGGUGAAUGUCAUCCUUGCAACAUUCCCUCAAGCCACCUGGACUUGUUUGAAGUCGUUCUCACAGGAGGCUAUGGGUCUCUGCAAGUGUCCAAAGAGAAAGGUGACCAAUUUAUUCUGCUUUGAGCAUCGUGUAAAUGUGUGCGAGCAUUGCCUCGUCUCCAACCACAACAAGUGCAUUGUACAAUCUUAUCUGCAAUGGCUUCAGGACAGCGAUUAUAACCCAAACUGUCCUCUGUGCAACAAUCAGCUGAUUGCUGAAGACACCGUCAGACUCAUCUGCUACGAUGUUUUUCACUGGUCCUGUCUCAACGACUUGGCUUCCCGGCUGCCCCUGCAUACGGCUCCGGCGGGCUACCAGUGCCCCAGCUGUCAGGGUCCGGUGUUCCCCCCACCCAACCUGGCCAGCCCGGUUGCCGAUGUGCUUAAAGAGCAGCUGUCGUCUGUUAACUGGGCUCGAGCGGGUUUAGGUUUGCCACUGAUUGAUGGGCCGGUCCACGUCUGUCAGGAGGCCACGGCUAAUGAUGAUACAGAUUACACUGACUGGUCAUCAUUUGAUGCACAAGACCAAAGUCACAUUUACCACAGCCACGCGUACAAUGCCAGCCUCAGCCAAACGCCAAACACUGUUUCAUCCCCAGCGGAGGACAACGUUGGGCUUCCUCAUAAGAAUGGAGAUUCAAAUAUACAAGAUCACUCGGUCGUCAACUUUCCAGAGGCUACUGAAUGCGACACCAUUACGAUUCACACAGGAUCAUCCCCCAGAAAGAUCUAUGACACACGCGACAACAGCUUUGUCACACAGAUGGACUUUGAUGAUGAUAAAUACAGACGACGACCAGCGUUGGGCUGGUUUGCUCAAAUUCUCAAGAACCGCACAGGCACAAAGCGGGCGUCUCUGUCCUGGAAACAGCGGGUCUUCAUGCUGCUUUUGGUUGGAGUGCUGGGAUUCUUUACUUUGAUUAUCAUCAUGGCUAAACUUGGACGUGCCUCCGCUAGUUCAGACCCAAAUUUAGAUCCGCUUCUAAACCCACACAUCCGCGUCGGUAAGAACUGAAAUCAGGCAUCGAUUACUUAUUUUUACCCACUUCAGUGUUGCACACCAUUCACGCUGUAUCGUGUAGAAAAAGGCUCAUGGGACUGUAGUACACGAUUUGGCCAGCAGAGGGAGCCAUUUGCCCAUCGGGCGUGAACUGACAAUUGGAGGCAAUCCCUUAAUGCUGUUUCACAUCACAAACGAGUUCUUCUUCCCGUUAAGGACCAGCGAAGCUGUAGUCAGGUGAAUAGGCCUAAUGGGGGCAAUAUUUAUACUUACCAGUAGACUUACUAAUACAUAAACAUUUAAAAGUCCAUAUUGUUGAAACCUUCUCUCUGAUGUGUAUAAUUAUGACAAAAACACUUCCAUGUUAAUUAUAUAAGUGCAGUGCAUCAAAACUGGAGUCAAACACCUGAUUAUUAACACUUUUGCGUGUCUGUUUUUUUUGGGGGGGAAAUUGAGUGCUUUUAGAUAAUCUAUUUACAUCUUUCUGCUUUUUUGGGGUUCUUUUUUUGAUUGUCCAUUAAAUGGGAAUAAUGCAGACUUU